ACUACUCUACGUGGGUGACUACGACCCUCACGGUAUACACAUUUACUUCCAGUAUGUCUGCAGCAUGUGCCGAGGCGAGUCCGAUGAAGUGGGGUUGAGCGAAUGCGAGAGGGUGGUGCUACUGGGGAUAGAUCCGGAUACCGCUGACAGCCUUCCCGAAAGCCACAUGCCACUGACUUCCAAGGACAUCACGUUGCUUAACAAUCUAAUAAUUAAUCCUU